GCAAUUUCUCCUCUACUGUGUCUGCCCAACCGAUACGUUUUAAAGUAGAAUAGAAAUUAAAACUUAACUGUAGAAAUCUCGCGAAAUGGUAAGAAUUAGCUACCCGGCCGCAGCUUUUGCAAUCGGAGCGGCGGCGAUUUUCUUUUCGCGGUACCUGGUGGUUUCCGCCGCCGACUGCGCCACCGUGACGGAACUGGUCUCCUCCUGCUCCAGCUUCGUUACAUACGGCUCGCCCGACCCCAUCCCUGGAUCCCCCUGCUGCGCCGCGAUGACGAGCCUGAACAACCUAGCGGAUUCCGGCGACAACCGCCGCGACGUGUGCCGGUGCUUGAUGGAUCUGAUUGCGGCGUACAACCAUCACGCCACCGCCAUCGCCACCUUGCCUGGCUUCUGCGGAGUUUCUCUUGGAUUCACCAUUGAUCCCAACACUGACUGUGAAUACGUCGACCAAGCCGAGAUGAAAGGACGGUGAAUCUAAAGGCAACAGUUGAGCAAGCUGUAGCGUAACAGUGAUGAGGACCGAUCUGAUUCAGAACAACACACAUUCAACCUUUUUUAUAUAGUGAAUUAAUUAAACUAAAACUGUAAUGUUUUUGUUCCAGUUAUAAUGGUUGGAUUGGCGUCUCAUUUGAUUGUGUAUUGCUGAAAUGAAUUAAGUAAAAAUUUGAUAGGAAAAA